UCCUUUCCCUUCGGCAGCGCGCGGCGGCAAGAUGGCGGUGCAGAUUUCCAAGAAGAGGAAGUUUGUUGCUGAUGGCAUCUUCAAAGCUGAACUGAAUGAAUUUCUUACUCGUGAGCUGGCUGAAGAUGGCUACUCUGGAGUUGAGGUUCGAGUUACACCCACUAGGACGGAAAUCAUUAUCUUAGCUACCAGGACCCAGAAUGUUCUUGGGGAGAAGGGCCGGCGUAUCCGGGAAUUGACUGCAGUAGUUCAGAAGAGGUUUGGCUUUCCUGAGGGAAGUGUAGAGCUCUAUGCAGAAAAAGUGGCCACCAGAGGACUGUGUGCCAUUGCACAGGCUGAGUCUCUACGGUACAAACUCCUGGGCGGGCUUGCUGUGCGGAGGGCCUGCUAUGGGGUGCUGCGGUUCAUCAUGGAGAGCGGGGCCAAGGGCUGCGAGGUGGUCGUCUCUGGGAAGCUCCGCGGACAGAGGGCGAAGUCCAUGAAGUUCGUGGACGGCCUGAUGAUCCACAGCGGGGACCCUGUCAACUACUAUGUGGACACGGCCGUGCGCCAUGUGCUGCUCCGGCAGGGUGUGCUGGGCAUCAAAGUGAAGAUCAUGCUGCCCUGGGACCCCAGCGGCAAGAUUGGCCCUAAGAAGCCCCUGCCUGACCACGUGAGCAUUGUGGAGCCCAAAGACGAGAUCCUGCCAACCACCCCCAUCUCGGAGCAGAAGGGUGGGAAGCCAGAGCCCCCCGCCAUGCCACAGCCCGUCCCCACAGCGUAGCAGGGUCUCCUUGGCAGCUGUAUCUGGAACCUGGAUGUUGCUCUAGAGACAUCUAAUAAAAUCUUGUAUAAAGACA